UACAACUUCUAAGGCAUGUACAAGUUUAAAAAUUAAUUUAUAUAUUGCUUACUUAAUUUAUGUACAUACAUUAUUUGAAAAUAUUUAAAUCUUUAGAGUGAACUAAAUAAUGUAAAGAAAACUGACUCAUUUAUGAUAGAUGUUAAAGUUGACAAUACAAAUAAUUUAUGUGGUCAAAGAAAAAAGUUUCAUAAAACUUUGAUACAAAAUGGAUAUGAUGUGCAGCCUGGUGAAUAUCCUUGGCAUGCAGCUAUAUUUUUGCGCAAGGAAUCUGAUUCUCCGAAUACUGAUUAUAUUUGUGGCGGAUCUCUAGUUUCAAAAAGCACAGUAAUUACAGCAGGUCAUUGCGUCCACGAAAAUUACCACAUUAUUAUAUCACAAAGGUUUCUGGUGAAAUUAGGAUUGCAUAAUCGCCUCUUGGCCUCAUCAAAUACUCAAGAACUCAGAGUUUACGAAAUUUUGGUACCACCCAUUUUUGACGUGAAGUCAAGUAAAAAUGACAUUGCAUUACUAAAAUUAUCUAAUUAUGUUCAAUUUAAUGACUAUAUAAAGCCCGUAUGUUUAUGGCCAGCAAAGUAUAUUGAAUUGAAUUCAAUAGUUGGAAAAACAGGAAUGGUAAUUGGCUGGGGCUUAGAUGAAAAGUCUCAACUCUCUAAUAUAUUAAAAGCGGCAAAAAUGCCUGUAAUUAGUCAGAUAAAUUGUUUGGAAUCUAAUAGAGCAUUUUUUGGAGAGCAUUUGUCAGUUAAUAAUUAUUGUGCAGGUUAUCGGAAUGGAACGAGUGUUUGCAAUGGUGACAGUGGUGGUGGUAUGGUAUUUGAAAUAAAUGGAUUAUUCUAUCUGCGCGGUAUAGUGUCGUUAGCAGAAGCGAUACCUGAAAUUAAUCAAUGCAAUCCAAGAGAGUAUGUUCUAUUUACAGACGCUGCAAAAUUCUUAGACUUUAUACAAAAUAACAUCUAAAUUAAUUUGUAAUUA